UCCAGUAAUGGGAACCCACCAGAGAGAUGUCCUCGUCCUCUGUAUUCCCGGGAUUCCACACAGGAAGAUCAUAACUAUGUACACCAUGAUCAGGGCGAAGAAGUGAAAGACAUCAAAGUUGAGGAUAAAGAGAAAGAAGAAGAGAGGUUGGUGAGAGGCGCUCAGCAGUCCAUGGAGGAAGAUGGACGCGAUGGUCGGAGUACCUCGGAGGGACAUCGGCUUCCAUCUCCAAAUAAUACAGAUGGACAUCGUGUUCAGAGAACCUCCUCUGAGGGACAUGGACUUUUAUCUCCAGAUAAUACAGAUGGACAUCGUGUUCAGAGAACCUCCUCUGAGGGACAUGGACUUUUAUCUCCAGAUAAUACAGAUGGACACCAUGGUCAGAGGAUCUCCUCUGAGGGACAUCGGCUUUUAUCUCCAGAUAAUACAGAUGGACACCGUGGUCAGAGGAUCUCCUCUGAGGGACAUCGGCUUUUAUCUCCAGAUAAUACAGAUGGACACCAUGGUCAGAGGAUCUCCUCUGAGGGACAUCGGCUUUUAUCUCCAGAUAAUACAGAUGGACACCGUGGUCAGAGGAUCUCCUCUGAGGGACAUCGGCUUUUAUCUCCAGAUAAUACAGAUGGACACCGUGGUCAGAGGAUCUCCUCUGAGGGACAUCGGCUUUUAUCUCCAGAUAAUACAGAUGGACACUGUGGUCAGAGGAUCUCCUCUAAGGGACAUCGCCUUUUAUCUACAGAUAAUACAGAUGGACACCAUGGUCAGAGAACCUCCUCUGAGGGACUUUUAUCCCCGGAUAAUACAGAAGACAAUGGAAUCGCACAGAAGGUCCCUCACAUUAUACGUCGGACACCUCAGCACCCCCAACCAUCCAUGGAUCCUUCCAGUCCCGAGGAACCAUCCCACCAAUCACAUACUAGGACUUCAGAUGUCCAUCCAAGUCCUCACAGUGUAGACACAUCUACAGAUACUUCUAAUCCCGAAGAAUCUUCCAUAAACCAUGAAGGAGCUCACACGGGAGAAAGUCCACUGUCCUGUUCAGUGUGCGGGAAAUCUUUCACUGAAAAGAGAAACCUUCUCACACACCAGAGAAUUCACACGGGUCAGCGUCUUUUCCAAUGCUCGGUGUGCGGGAAAAGUUACGUUCGGAAAGAAAGACUUGUUAUCCACCAAAGAAUUCACACUGGUGAGCGUCCUUAUUCGUGUUCAGAGUGCGGGAAGUGUUUCACUGAAAGAGAAACGCUUCGUAGACACCUGAAAUCUCACACGGGGGAGCGCCCCUAUUCAUGCUCUGAGUGUGGGAAAGGUUUCAUUUGCAAAAAUGACCUUCUAAAACACCAGAGAAUUCACACUGAUGAGCGUCCUUAUUCGUGUUCAGAGUGCGGGAAGUGUUUCACUGAAAGAAGAACGCUUCGUAGACACCUGAAAUCUCACACGGGGGAGCGCCCCUAUUCAUGCUCUGAGUGUGGGAAAGGUUUCAUUUGCAAAAAUGACCUUCUAAAACACCAGAGAAUUCACACUGAUGAGCGUCCUUAUUCGUGUUCAGAGUGCGGGAAGUGUUUCGCUGAAAGAAGAACGCUUCGCAGACACCUGAAAUCUCACACGGGGGAGCGCCCCUAUUCAUGCUCUGAGUGUGGGAAAGGUUUCAUUAGCAAAGAAGAACUUCUAAAACACCAGAGUAUUCACACUGGUGAGCGCCCUUUUCCAUGCUCAGAGUGCGGGAAAUGUUUUAAACAAAAAAGAACGCUUGUCAUACACCAGAGAAUUCACACAGGCGAGCGUCCUUUCUCAUGUUCAGUGUGCGGGAAGUGUUUCAGUCAUAAAGUAAGCCUAUUUAGACACCAGAAAAUCCACACAGGUGAGCGACCACAUUCAUGUCCUAAGUGCGGAAAAUGUUUUGUUCGGAAAGAAGAACUUCUAAAACACCAGAGCGUUCACACUGGUGAGCGCCCUUUUCCAUGCUCAGAGUGCGGGAAAUGUUUUAAACAAAAAAGAACGCUUGUUAUACACCAGAGAAUUCACACAGGCGAGCGUCCUUUCUCAUGUUCAGUGUGCGGGAAGUGUUUCAGCCAUAAAGUAAGCCUAUUUAGACACCAGAAAAUCCACACAGGUGAGCGACCACAUUCAUGUCCUAAGUGCGGAAAAUGUUUUGUUCAGAAAGAAGACCUUCUAAAACACCAGAGAGUUCACACUGGUGAGCGCCCUUUUCCAUGCUCAGAGUGCGGGAAAUCUUUUAAACAAAAAAGAACGCUUGUUAUACACCAGAGAAUUCACACAGGCGAGCGCCCCUAUUCAUGCUCAGAGUGCGGGAAAUGUUUUGCCGAGAAAAGAAUACUACUUAUACACCAGCGAAGCCACACGGGCGAACGUCCCUAUUCAUGCUCAGUGUGCGGGAAGUGUUUUAGGGAGAAAAUAAACCUUCUCGCGCAUCAGAUUGUUCACACAUGCAAGCGUCCCUAUUCGUGCUCAGAGUGCGGGAAAAGUUUCAAUCAGAAACAAAGCCUCCUUACGCAUCAGAAAAUUCACACGAGCGACCGCCCUUUCUCAUGCUCGGUGUGCGGGAAGUGUUUCAUUCAGAAAGGAAACCUUCUUUCACACCAGAGAAUUCACACGGGCGAGCGUCCUUUCUCAUGCUCGGCGUGCGGGAAAUGUUUCGGCCGUAAAGCAUGCCUCCUUAGACACGAGAGAGCUCACACAGGGGAGCGUCCUUUUUCAUGUUCAGAGUGCGGAAGAUUUUUCAGUGAUGAGGGAAGCCUUCUUGAGCACCAGAGGAUUCACACGGGGGAGCGUCCUUGCGGAGAUUAUGUCCAGAACUCCUCGGAUUUUAAUGCCGAAGAAACUGGAAUCACACAACACUUUCCAGGAGAAGAUCCUGUUCCUCAGAAUAUACAUCACAGACCUUCCCAUUUACGGCUGUCAAUGGAUCCCUCUCAUCCUGAGGAAUCAUUUGAUCCAUCAUAUGCUAUGACUUCCAAUAUCCAUCCAAUAUCUCACAGUGUCAAUCGAUCAAUAGAUCCAUCUACUCCUAAGGAAUCUUCUUCGAACCACGAAGGAGCUCACACAGGAGAGUCUUCAUGGUCAUGUUCCGUGUGUAAUAAAUCGUUCACCAAAAAGAGAAACCUCCUUGCGCACCAGAGAAUUCACACCGGUGAGGGUCUUUUCCAAUGUUCAGAGUGCGGGAAAAGUUUUGUCCGGAAAGAAAAACUUGUCAUACACCAGAGAAUUCACACCGGCGAGCGUCCCUUUUUAUGUUCGGAGUGUGGAAAAGGUUUUGCCGAAAAGAGAACGCUUCAAAGACACCAGAGAUCUCACACGGGGGAGCGUCCCUAUCCAUGUGGGGAGUGCGGAAAACGUUUCAUUCAGAAAGAAGACCUUCUCAAACACCACAGAAUUCACACUGGUGAGCGACCCUAUACGUGUUCCGAGUGCGGGAAAUGUUUCACUGAAAAAAGAACGCUGGUCAUACAUCAGAGAAUCCACACGGGGGAGCGGCCCUAUGCGUGUUUAGCGUGCGGGAGGUGUUUCUCUGAGAGAAGAAUACUUCUUAUACAUCAGCGAAGCCACACGGGUGAGCGUCCCUUUCCAUGUUUGGAGUGCGGGAAAUGUUUCAAUGAAAAAAGAAAUCUUAUUAUGCAUCAGAAAAUUCACACAGAAUGCGGGAAAGGUUUCGUUCAAAAAGGAAACCUUCUCUCACACCAGAGAAUUCACACAGGCGAGCGUCCUUUCUCCUGUUUGGUGUGCGGGAAAUCUUUCAGUCAUAAAGAUUAUAAAGUAGUGAAGAAAACAUCUGGAGAUCCAUUAACACCCAGCAGCCGUAUUCUCAGGACAUCACCCAUCACAGUGCCUCCAUCUCACUGCCUGACAACAGAGAUAACCAGAGCCAAGAAGAUUCUAGAAGUCAUCAAGAAGAUCACUGAGCUGCUGACAGGAGAGGUUGAAGAACUAAAAGACAUCAAAGUUGAGGUUAAAGGGGAAGAAGAAGAGAGGUUGGUGAGUGGAGAUCAGCAGUCUAUGGAUGAGGGGGAGAUGAUUAAGAAAGGUGAACAGGAGGAAUCUUCUCUUUAUAUCAACAAACGUGGACACUACGUCUGGAAUACCUCAGAAGGACAUAUGAUGUUAUCUCCAGAUUAUAAUGCAGAAGAUAACGGGAUUGCACAAUAUUCUCCAGGAGGAAAUCCCGUUACCCAAAGCACACCUCACAGGCCUUACUAUCCGGAGAGAAUAAUCAAUCCUGCCAAUGUUGAGGAAUCUGCUAUUCAAUCACAUGCUGGCAAUCCAGACAUCCUCCUGAGAGCUCACAUUGUGGAUAAACCAACAUGUCCAUCUAAUCCCCAAAAAUCUUCUUUAAGCCAAGAAGGCACUCACACAGGAGUGAGUUCAUUAUCAUGUACAGCGUGCGGGAAAUCUUUCAGUGAAAACAGAGCACUUCUUAGACACCAGAAAACUCACAGAUCUGAGCGUCCUUUCUUAUGUUCACAGUGCGGAAAAUGUUUUAUUGAGAAAGCACACCUCCUUAUACACCAGAGGAUUCACACAGGCGAGCGUCGCUAUUCGUGUUCCGAGUGCGGGAAAAGUUUCAUUCAGAGAGGAGGCCUCUUUAAGCACCAGCGCAGUCACACGGGUGAGCGCCCCUAUCCCUGUACAGAGUGCGAGAAAUGUUUCAUUCAGAAAGAAGACCUUCUAAAACACCAGAGGAUUCACACAGGUGAGCGCCCUUAUUCGUGUUCGGAGUGCGGAAAGUGCUUCAACCUGAAGGGAAACCUUCGCAAACACCAGAAAAUUCACAACGGCGAGCGCCCCUUUUCUUGUUCAGUGUGCGGGAAAUGUUUCAUUCGGAACACAUCGCUUGUUAGACACCAGAAGAUUCACACGGGCGAGCGUCCUUAUUCGUGUUCAGAGUGCGGGAAAUGUUUCAUUCAGGAGGGAGAACUUAUUAUACACCAAAGAAUUCACACGGGGGAGCGUCCUUUCUUUUGUUUCGAGUGCGGGAAAUGUUUUGGCUAUAGACAAGCACUUAGUAGACACCAGAGAAUUCACACAGGCUAAGUUCGGUAUAUUGAGGGCAUUACAAACAUUUAUUGAAGUUUUUUCGGCCUGUGUGGAUUCAAUUAUAACAAUAUGGUUCUCUAAACAAAGAGUUGUGACUUGAUCCCACGCUCACAUUGGCGGCAUCAUAGAACUAACAAAUAUGGAAAUUGAAGUGCCAGGCCACUGCUAAGAGGUCCGAAUGCUACUUUCUUCCGCUAAACGUCAGAGGGACAAUCCAAAGAGUAACCAACGCGUUUCUGCGUCCAAAAACACUCCCUUCGUCAGGGCUUAAUUGAAAACAGUGUGAAUGGGCUGGAAGUCAACUGGACUUUUUAUUACCAGACAAAUAAAAUUACAUACAGUGGAUAUAAAAAGUCUGCACACCCCUGUUAAAAUGUCAGGUUACCGUGAUGUAAAAAAAUGAG